AUGGCAUCCCCGCCAGGAAGAAACAGGCCAUCGAGGCCUGCCUCCGGAGAAAGGCGGAGGAGUACCAGGUGGACGCAGAGGGGAAGCGGGGGAAGAAGAAGACGGGCGAGACGGGCGAGAAGAAGACCGACUGGUUCGUCCAUGUUGGUUGGGCAUUCUUCGCCCUCCUCUUCAACUUCCGGCGGUUUGAGGGCUGCGGCUGGUACUCGGCGGGGCACUGGCGGACGAAUGGCUACAGCGUCACCGUCACCCUGCGGCGGGCGAGAGGACCCCCCCGGCCCGGCGACCCCCCGCCCCGCCCCCCCGACCCCCCGAAGACCAGCGGCAAGCGCACCCGCAGCGGGGCGCCCCUGGGCGCCCCGCAGGGCAGGGGAAUCGCCGACGAAUACUACCGGCGGGACCGCCCGCCAGAGGAUGCCAAGAUACACAUGUAUGUUGGCAUCGACCCUGGGCGGACCAAGAUGUACACCGCGGUGGACGAACACGCCAACGUGA